AUGUCCUACGCUCUGGAGUCAAAGAAACGGAAGUUCCACCGCGUUCUGGAAUCAAUAUCCAAGCCUCUUACCUCCGACAACGCGCCCAAACCAGCCCCUGCGACGCCCACCACGGCGCAAGACCGUCUCUCCACCAACUUAUCGAUCAAGAAAGUACGCUUGGCCAGUGCCGACCCUUCAGAGCUCACGGCGGUACGUAACUCGAUCCACAAGAUCUCGCGACCAGCACACCGAAUAGCCUCCGCAAAUUCGAAUAAGCGCCCGACCUUUGUCCCUUGGGACCGUGAACGUUUCCUCGAGCGGUUAGAGACCUUCCGCCGUGUCGACCGAUGGACGUCAAAGCCGUCUCCUAUCAACGAAGUACAAUGGGCGAAACGUGGCUGGAUAUGUACGGAUGUUAUGCGCGUUACCUGUGUGAGCGAGUGUGGCGGUGCAGUUGUUGUGAAGCUUCCCGAUGAAAUCGACGAGCUCGAUGGUUUUGACAUUGAGAAGGUGGAGGAGCGGAAGGAAGUCCGCGCGAGGCUGGUGGAUGAGUAUGCGAAAAUGCUAAGUAGUGCUCAUGGCGAAAACUGUCCCUGGCGAAACAAGAGCUGCGAUGCCACUAUCCAACAUCUCCCUUUGACCAAUUAUGAUGCUGCCCUAUCGGGACUUCACGAGCGAUAUACAAACGUCUCGAAGAUGGGCGAUAAACUACCAGCCGAUGAUAUCAUCCAAACCCCAGAAGGGCUUGACCUUGAUGUACUUAUCAAAGGCCUUCCCGAAGAAUGGUUCAAAGAGGCCGAGAAAGCUGCUGCACCCACCAACGGAGAGACCCAGCCUGCAAACGCUGACGACCAAGACUCAACAGAAACACCUAAAUAUGUUAAUCGAGUUGCAUUGGCGCUGGCAUUGCUCGGCUGGGAUACCGCCUCCGACGGAGCUGCCGGGUUAGCCGGGUGUGGCGCAUGUUUCCGUCGCCUGGGAUUAUGGAUGUACAAACCCAAAGAAAAUGGAGACGUGACUGUCUACACUUCCCUCGAUGUAGCUGGUGAGCACAUGGAGUAUUGUCCCUGGAUUGACAAGGUAGCCCAAAGCGGCACUGGCCGGCCCAACGAGAAGUUGGCGGAACUACGCGCUGGGUGGCACGUCGUCGCCGAGGCCGUCAAGGUUAAACACCGCCGGAGAGUCCGCAGUAUGGCCUCCACCGAUACAUUGCGGACGGACGUAGGGACACCAACCGAGACGGCAGGCGAAGAAGAAAACGCGGAUGCGAAAAAGAAAGCAGAUCGCGAGUGGUGGGCGAAAAUUCGACAAAUCCUCGCGACGAUUGUUCUCCCGAAUCACUUAUUUGACGAGUCCACAACUCUACCCACGUCGCCAUGGAUCAUCCCAAUGGAGGCGGAGCUCAUCAUGGAGCUACUGGGCGCUCCACCCCCGCUCACCUGUCCGCACGAAUACCAGCAACCCUCCAACAGAUGCCGGCAGACCCAGAAGCAUCGAAGGAGACGGUGCGGCAGAUGGAUCGAAUCAACUAUCAAGCGCAGCAUCCAAGCGCAAGAGGCUCCAAGAGAGACACCAAGCCCUCCGAAACGAGGCCGAACUCCGCCGUCGGUAUUCUCGCGACGCAACCGCUCCCGCAGUCCCGGCGGCGCUCCACCACGCGAAGACCGACGCUCUCGAUCGCCACUACAACCACGCCGCUCUCCUUCCCCCGAUGCACCGCGUCAACGCAAGAGACCGGGUGGCGGAGCACGACAGGGUCUCGUAGACCGUGAAACCCUACGACGCAAGCAGGAGGAGCGUGAGCGUGCAGAACAGGAAGAGGCUAUGCGUAACUCUCAGAUGCGCGGCGUCACGGACGUGGUCCGACAACACUACAACGCGGUUCCUGAGAGGGGCCGUGAGUGGCGGAAGACAGAGAGCAAGAUCAAGGGGCUACGAAGCUUCAACAACUGGGUGAAAAGUUCUCUGAUACAGAAGUUCUCUCCCGAUGAGACAUUUGUUGCGCGAUUCGAGGAUAGCAAGGACUGGGCGGAUGAUAGCCAAGGCCGCCGCCCUCUGCCGAUCAAAAGCUUCUUGUGCUCGAUCUGGGCUGUGGCGGUUGACCUUUAUGUCGGUCUUGACCCUGCCAAUAUCUCAAUUGAGCAGGCUCGGGGUCGGUAUGAUCAGAUGCGCUCGGGCCGCGGCCAACGUGGCCGUCGACCGCCCCAGCCGAUUUUCCAUGCCGAGUUCUACCCGAAAGACUGCUUUGGCGAGUGGCUUGGCGACAUCGACAUCGUCCAGCGGGUUGGUAUCGAUGCCAAUGCCGGCCCCGGUGGAUCUAUCAUGGCAUCUCGCUACGGCGGUGGCGGCUUUGACGUCGUUACAUCUAUGUUUGCCAUUCAUUAUGCCUUUGAGACUGAGGAGAAGACGCGUCAAAUGCUCAGCAAUGUGGCGGGUUGCUUGAAGAAAGGCGGUCGUUUCCUUGGCGUUUGUCCUAACUCGGACGUCAUUACCAGCCGGGUGUCUACCUUCCACAAGGAGCGCAAGGCGCGCGAGGCUGCCAAACCUGCUGAACCGGAAGGCCCCGAGGAUGGCGAAGUCGAGGAAGAUGAGCGGGCUCAAUGGGGCAACGAUAUCUACCGCGUUCAGUUCCCUGGUCCAACCCCCGAGGAUGGUGUCUUCCGGCCGCCUUUCGGGUGGAAGUACAGUUACUUUAUGAAGGAGGCAGUGGAAGAAGUCCCCGAAUACGUUGUCCCAUGGGAGGCAUUCCGAGCCCUGACCGAAGAUUACAACCUGGAACUACAAUACCGCAAGCCAUUUUUGGAUAUCUGGGAGGAUGAGAAGAAUCAUCCGGAGCUCGGCCCGCUAAGUGAGAGGAUGGGCGUGAGAGACCGCACGACUGGUGCUUUAAAUAUGACAGAGGAAGAGAAGGAGGCUGCUAGCUUCUACCAUGCAUACUGCUUCUACAAGGUAUAA